GCGAGAUAAAAACGAAGGAGAUCGAACAAAAACGAACGCAUCGCCCCAGCGAUCUCCCGCGCUCGAUCACUCCUUCAAAAACCCCUUCCCCCUUUCUCCCCAUCGUCUUCGAUCUAGGGUUAGGGUUUUCGCGGUUCCGCGCUCCCGCUCGAGCGCCAUGAACCUCGGCGACCUCAACAAGGUGUGGGAGAUCAGAGCCCUCAAGAAGCCCGGCGAGGAGGAGGCGGGCGCCCUGCUCCAGCGCGUCGCGAAGCAGGUCGAGCCCAUCAUGCGCCGCCGCAAAUGGCGGGUCAAGCUCCUCUCCGAGUUUUGCCCAGCGAAUCCGUCGCUUCUAGGGCUGAACGUUGGGGGAGGCGCCGAGGUGAAGCUGCGGCUGCGGAGACCCAAUAGGGAUUGGGACUUCUUCCCCUUCGAUCAGGUUCUCGACACGAUGCUUCACGAGCUCUGCCACAUCGAGCAUGGGCCACAUAAUGCCCAAUUUUACAAGCUCUGGGAUGAAAUUCGUAAGGAAUGCGAGGAACUUAUGUCAAAGGGAAUAACGGGUACAGGGCAGGGAUUCGAUGCUCCUGGGAGACGAUUGGGUGGUUUUUCCCGUCAACCUCCGGUCUCGUCUCUUCGGCAAACUGCACUAGCCGCGGCAGAGAAGCGAGCACGUGGCAGUGCUCUAAUGCCAUCCGGGCCAAGACGGCUGGGUGGGAACAAUGAUAUAAUGAGUGCUCUUAGUCCUAUACAAGCUGCCGCUAUGGCGGCGGAGAGGAGAUUGUAUGAUGAUGUAUGGUGUGCUUCUGGAUGGCAUGAUUUGCCUACUGUGGCAGAAAGUAGUAGUAAGGAUAUUGGGGGAGCAGGUUCUUCUCAUGGUGAGAAAGAUGGGACUGGCAAAAGAUUACGGACUGGUACUGAAGGUGCACCUACUGGGUCUUCACCAGACGUUGGAUAUCGUGGAGCAUCGGUAUCUGGUGUUUCAUCUUCUAAUUGGACGGCAGAUAGUGCUGAAGAUAGAGCUAUGUGGGAAUGCAGUGUUUGCACUUUACUGAAUCAGCCACUGUCACCAAUCUGCGAAGCUUGUGGCACAGCAAAACCUAAAGCUGCCGGAUCCAAGUUUAAGAUGUGGUCAUGUAAAUUCUGUACUUUGGAGAACAGCAUUAAAGUGGAUAAAUGCUCCGCAUGUGGUCAGUGGAGAUAUUCCUACGGUGCACCUCUAUCAACUCCUGGUCCCACCUAUGGUACCUGACAACUGAUGUCCUGCAUCUGGCUGAAUGUAGCUAAUGGUGGCUUAUUUUGAAAAAAGACAAGCAGGGGAAAUAUGCUACCAAUUUACAAUGUUUUGUUGCCGCGCAAAAUCCACAUAUUCAAUAAUCCACACUUUGAUGGCCUAUCUAAUAUAUAAGCUUUUCUUGCCAGUCCACUUUCUGUUUUGUACUUCUCUCUUCCUAUUAGCUAUGUUCUUAACUAUGUUCUCUAUUUUUUGCUCGGCUGUUUGCUUUUCUUAAAGAAUGCUAAGUAGAUUGGACCAGCGAGAAAGCCUGCUAAAUUGGAUUUGGCUAGUAUAUUGUUUAAACUUGUAUUGUCGAUCGGAUUUGAUUGAUUUGAGUCGCAGUGUAUUAUCGUCAACCAUAGUUUGAAGCUUUCUUUGUGGGCUUCCAAUUUUCAUUUGGCUCUUGAUCUUUA